AUGUCAAAAAUCAAAGAAGCCAAAGAUAAACUUCAUUCUUCAUCUUUAAAUUUCGUAAAUGAUCGUGGUGAAUCAUUAAGCUCCCUAUCAUCAAAUUUAUCAGGUUCUCUAAGCUUAGCUGGAAGAGUAUCUGAUGCAGCUUCCAUACCUUUAGUCGGAAUAGUUUGUUCUAUUAUCUCUGACAUAAUUAAUAUUUGCGAAACCACUAAACAAAACAAAAAAAUCUGUUCAUCGAUAAAGGAUCGAGCUAUUGUUGCUAGACUUUGUGUAGAAAAGUUACAAAGUCAUCAAAAAUUAUAUGUAAAACGCUUCUGUGAUCCCGGAUAUAAGGAGGCAUUUAAUAAAUUUAAUAACGUAUUGAAUAGUAUUUUAUCUUUUGUAAAAAAAGUAACAGAUGCAUCAUUAUUCCAAAAAAUUGUAAACACAUUUUCUAUCAAAGAAAAAUUUAAUGAACUCAUUAGUGAAUUUGAUAGUAGUAUGAGUAUAUUAAAUUUUUCAAUAACCAUCGAUAGUACUAUACAAAGUGACUUGGAUAACGAAAAUCUUAAUAAUGAUAUCGGAGAAAUGAGCACGCUUAUAAAGAAUUUUGGAGGUGUAAAUAAUAUGUUUAUUCAAGAAGUUCAAAAGAUAAGUUAUAAACUUGAAACAAAUAAUCUCCAAGGAAUAAAGGCAAUUGAAAUAAAUCCAUCAGAAUUAAUCAAACCAGAUCCUGGAAGGGCUACUCAUCGCCGAGGUGGUAAUGGAUUUACCAAAAGAUUUAUUAUUAAAAAAGUUUAUAAAGCUGCCGAUGUAGCAUGUAUUUCUUGUUAUAUUGAUGAAGAAACAGAAAAUAAUGAAAAUAUAGAAAAUACAGAAAAUAAAGAAAAUACAGAAAAUAAAGAAGAUAUAGAAAAUAAAGAAAAUAAAGAAAAUGCAGAAAAUAAAGAAAAUGAAAAUAAAGAAAAUACAGAAAACCAAGAUAAAGAAUAUACGAAGAAAAGGUUUCAAGCUGAACUUGCAAUAUUGGGAAAAUUAAAAGAUAGUACAAAUAUCUUGAGAUUCUAUGGCCUCUCUAAAUUAGAAGGGCAUAGAGUUAUGGUUUUUGAAUGGACUGAAUGGGGAAAUCUUCAAGAAGUGUAUUCAAAUAGUAAAGUCGAUUGGAAUAAUAAAAUUCAUAUUGCAUUAGAUAUUUGUCGUGAUUUAGUAUUUUUGCAUAUGGCUAAUAUUCUUCACCAUGAUGUCCGAUGCAGAAAUAUCAUGAUGACUCCACGACUUGAACCAAAAAUAGCCAAUUUCAAAUAUUCUCGUGAAAACGAUCAAAUGACCACUGGUUAUGAAAAAACAGUCAAGGUUUUACAUUGGAUGGCACCAGAAAAGAUAAAAAGUACAAAUGAAAAACCAGUAAAAUAUACUUAUGAAUGUGAAAUUUUCAGUUUUGGAAUGUUGCUUUGGGAAAUGACCUUCCAAAAAAUUCCUUAUAAAGAUCUUAACAUAGAAGAAGUAAAAAAAACGGUGUUAAGUGGAAAACGCGAAACUUUUAGAUUUGAAAAAGGUAGCUUGGAAUUGCUAAAACUUCAAAAGAAAUUAAAAAAGAUCAUAGAAAAUGCUUGGCAAGAUGAACCAAAUAUCAGAAACUCCACGCAAACUAUUUUUACGAAAUUUGUUAAACUUGCAGAUUAUUGUGAUCAACUUGAUCCUAACAUUUUGAACUACGAUAGUUCUAAAUCUCAAUCAUAUCCAAUUCUAGACAUUCAAGACCUUGAAGAAAAAUUUUCUUUACCAUAUAUAAAACCUUUUUCCGAGGGUGUUAAAUCUCAUAAUGCCAAAGAUUAUAAAACAGCUUGGAAAAUUUUUGAAUGUCAUGCGAGUCUAGGAGACCCCAAAGCAAAAUAUUGGAAAGCAUAUUAUUAUGAUCAUGGAUAUUACGUGGAUCAAGAUCUUGUAACAGCAGCUAAUUUAUAUAAAGAACUAGCAGAUGAUGGAUUAGCAGAUGCAUGUCUUAGAUAUUCACAAAUGAUUUUAACCAAAGAAGGUGGUUUACAACUUGAUAAGAAUGCAUUUUUGAUGUAUUUAACCAAAGCCGCAGAUAAUGGGAAUUUUUUUGCUCAAUUUAAAUUGGGAGAUCUUUUAGUGAAACAAGGCAACAAAGAUACUGGAGUUAAAUAUUUAAAAUUAGCAGCAUUAAGUGAUAAUGUGAAAGCUAUUGAAUUGCUUAAAAAAAUGAAUAUUGAUGUAUAUAAUUAA